UGAACGUAGCAUACGUGACUGCAGUCAGUUUUAAGACAAUAACAAAAUCCAGCUACUUAGUAGCCAAGGGUCUUUGCUAAAUGAACGUAUGAUUGUUGUUACAAUGUAUCGUCUCUGUAUGGAUAUGUUUUUUACAUUGACAGAGUGAUAGUCAGGCGGCACAGUAUUCGCAUCAUGCUUCCAAUGCCUAGGGUCGACGGGGACAUUUUUGACUGUAUCCAACGAGGAAACAUUGAUCAGUGUGCACAUAUCAUUCAACAUGAUCGAUCUAUCCUCAAAAAGAAAGGUUGGAGUGAUUUCACCCCUCUCCACUUUGCAGCCCUCAAUGGUAACCGUUCAAUAGUUAACCUGUUGCUAAGCAAUGGAGCUGACCCCAACCUGACCUGUGAUGCAGGAAUGACGGCCUUCCAUUUAGCAUGCAGGCAUGGUAAUGUAUAUGUGAUGCACCAGAUGAUGCAGCAUGGAGCUGAUCUACGCAUGGUAGACCAUCAGGGCAAAACCGCCCUACACCAUGGAGUGUCUGGAGGCAACAUUGUAGCGAUGCAGUACCUGUGGGAGACGGGAAUGUUCAGGUGGUGUGAUGGAGACAUGUACCAUGUUACACCUCUACACCUGGCUGCUGAUGCAGGCAACACUGAGGUCGUCCGCUACCUGCUCCGAAACAAGAGGUGUAUGGUGGAGACUGUGGACGAGGAUGGGUUGACGGCGGUCCAUGUGGCAUCAGAGAGAGGCUGUGUAGAGAUGUGUUGGACGCUGCUACAGAGAUCAGGCUUCAGGAUACUACACUUGAAGACCUACAGCGGACACACACCUCUGGACCUCUGCAGGCAGGGAAGGACAUUCAGACAUCUGCAGCUGAGCAAACUACUGACCCGCUACAUGAAGGAGCCACCCUUCAGCAAACCCGACGAGUCCCACCUCCUGUACUACUGGACGUUAUUCUACCCGUGUCUGAUCGGAGGAGUGAUUCUGAUUAUCGCAACGAUGUUGGGGGGCUACGGAGGGAUAACGUGCGCCGUGCUCUUCCCUUGGCUGGCCAGGAGUAUCUUCUCCCAGUUCCACCGCAUGACCACCUACCAGAGGUUGGCCAACCCCGUCUACCUAGGGACUAUGAUAGCUGGACUGUUCCACUCUCUAGUCUGCUUCUACUACAGAAUACUGCCGCCAAGCUUGUGGGGGGAUGGUGUUCUGGGUAAUGUGUCGCUGGUCCAGUUCUCUGUGGUUUUGGCCCUGUUCUGGAGGGUUCUAACCCAGGAUCCUGGGGAGCUGGGACCGGGAGACGCAGAUCCUCGCUACUCCUCCAUAGCAGACCUGCUGGAGAAAAAACAGAAUCCUCAGAGGUUCUGCAUCUACUGUGAGUUGUUCCAGCCGGACCAUACUAAACACUGUAAGUUGUGUGAUGUGUGUGUGAGGGAUUACGACCACCACUGCCUGUUCCUGAACCGCUGCAUUGGUAGGGGAAACCAUCGCCUCUUCAUCAGCUUCAUCCUCUCCAUGGCCGCAGCACACCUCCUUUUCGUUGCUGCGGCAACUUACCACCUGUAUGUGGUGGUGGUGUCCCUUGAGGACCAGUCGUUGGUUAGGGCAGUAGCUGCACAGUUCUGGGUGGUCACAUUGACGAUAAUGAACGCUCUGACAAUCCUUUGGGAGGCUUGGCUGUUGACGGAACAGUUUGACGCCAUCGCCAUGGGGACUACGACCUACUUCAAACCUACCUGCGAGACUCGGCAACGGUCACUAGGACACCGCUGGACAACGUUUUUUACCUUCCUAUUGGAGGGGAGGAGACGGUUAGAUUAUGGACAGACGGGGGACAAUAUCUCCAUAGAAAUUUAGACAAUAUGGACUCUAAAACCUGUGGUGUGAUGAAGAACAAUGUACAGUGCCUUCGGAAAUAAUUCAGAACCCUUGAAUUUGUCCGCAUUUUGUUACGUUACAGCCUUAUUCUAAAAUGUAUUUAAAAAAUAAAUCCUCAGCAAUCUACACACAA